GAUUAAAAAAAAAAAAGGGAUGGGGCCUCGGCGUAGACCUUAAACCCUUCUCUUCUUACCCUUCAUCCAUUUCCCAAUGCCGCCCGUCGACCCCGCCCGUCUUUACGCAAAACCCUAGGCCGUCCUCCUGCUCAGCUCACCAUUACCAGCAAAGCCAUACCAACACCAGAUUUGAUCUCAGCAUACUCGACACCUUCCCUUCUACAAGACUGUUGGCGGAUUAGUCUCCUUCCUCCGCUCGAUCUGCGACGCAGAAGCUGCUUUCUUCCUUCGCACUGUUGUUCAUCCGCGCAACUGAUGUUCCUUUCUGUUUGUUGAUAAGGUCCAGAUCUUGGAAAACGAUUGCAUAUAGACUUGAUUGCGCAGCCAAGUGUUGGCCUGCAUUGGUUUAUGGUAUUCUGGUAAUGGCUAGGCAACCAAGCCCUGAAAUAGAUGAUGAGCUUUUUAAUGAGGUUUAUGGAAAAGAAUAUACUGGCCCUAUGCGAUCAACAUCUAAUAAUGCAGAGGCUAAAGCUAAUGCAAACAAGAGACCCUUAACUAAUGACCAUUCGGAUGAGGAAAAUGAUUCUCGAGAUCCAAAUGCUGUUCCGACUGAUUUUACUAGCAGGGAAGCUAAGGUGUGGGAGGCAAAAGCUAAAGCUAUGGAAAGAAAUUGGAAGAAAAGGAAAGAAGAAGAAAUGAUUUGCAAACUAUGUGGAGAAUCCGGUCAUUUCACUCAGGGCUGCCCUUCCACACUUGGAGCUAAUCGCAAGUCUGCAGACUUAUUUGAAAGGGUACCUGCAAGAGACAAGAAUGUGAGAGCCCUUUUUUCUGACAAGGUGAUAAGUCAAAUUGAGAAAGAUGUUGGCUGCAAAAUAAAAAUGGAUGAGAAAUUUCUAUUUGUUAGUGGGAAAGACAGAUUAAUACUCUCUAAAGGUUUAGAUGCUGUGCGCAAAAUAAUUCAGGAGAAGGACAAAAACAAGAGUCCUCCUAGUAGAUCUGACACUAAAUCAGAAAGGGCAAGGUCCAGAUCACGUGAUAAAAGUCCUGUAGGUUCUCAAUUAAGACGCUCUGAGUCCCAGAAGUCCCGUUCAAAUAUAGGAAAUUCCAUUCAUGUGCAUAGCAAGGGAUAUGAAGAUAAUGUACGGGAAGAUCUGUUAAAGUUGUCAAGAGGUUCUUCACAAGGAAGAGCUUACACUAAUGAUGGAGCCAAAAGUCAUCCUGCCUCUACCAAAUCUCCAAUGCGCUCUACUGGUUAUGGUGGUAAUUCCUUCAGUUCAUAUGAUGAACAAAACCUUAACAGUGGUUUGCAUAAGCGUAGUGGUUGGGAUGUGGGAAAGUCUGAAAUUGAUUCCCUCUAUGAGCACAAAUCUGACAUCUCAAAUUAUCCACAAACCUUGGAAGAGCUAGAAAUGGAUUUUAAGAGGGAGAUAAAUGAUUUAGGAAGAGUUCGUGAUAAGGAAGAGGAUGAAGAGAUUCACAAGCACAGAGAGUGUAUGAGGGACCUAAGUGAAAACUAUAUGAAGAAGAUAUCAACCAUUAGGGCCGUUCAAGCAAAGCAGUGGGAAGAUUUUAUCCAAUUCAGCCAGAAAAGGCAGCAGCAGUUUAGCAUGCAGAGCUCCUAUGUCCAGCCCGCACAUCCUGAUUAUGAUCAGUCUUCUAGGAAUCUCUCUUAUGGAGGACCAACUGUAUCUAUGGAUUCUAGGAACAGAUAUGCCUACCCCCCUGCUGAGAACUAUCAAGUUCCUAGGCCUCAUGAACCAUAUGGUGAGUUUCAACAUCAGAGACGUGAUGACUUGGGGCCCACCCAUUGGCGAUAUUAACGCUGGUUAGUACAGAGGGUGCGGGUGCGUGGUAUCCAGACCUGUUGGGAACAUUGUUUCAGAUGUUUUGGUUUGUAGAUGAGAAAAUGGAUGCUCUUUAAAAUGUUGCAUAGAGAUGUUCUUGGGUAGGUAUUUGGACAUAUAGAAGAUGGAAACAUCAUGAAAACUUUGUGACUUUCAAUGUUGUUUUCUCCAAUUUCUAAAUAUCAACUAUUGAAAGUUUGUUCUUGUAUAUUUUUGUCGCUCUACUAUAUUUUUGCAUGCAAUAUGCUCUUUAUU